GAAGAGUGCUUUGGAAACAUUGAACCGUGUGUUCCGCGGCGUGCCAGGUGGAUUUCCUCAGGGAACAACGAGCUCCGGUUUGGGAUUCCAGUAGCUACGAGUGCAGUCCACGACCAUCGUACGAUUUCACGGUGAAAAUUUCACGCUCGGCGUCGCCGUUUCUUCGGAUUCCUUCUUCCACGACGUAAGAUGAACGAAUGACCGACCAACGACGGUGACACGAUCGCGAUGAGGCCGAAAUCGUGUUCCCUGUUCCUGUUGUUCUGCGUGCUGUUGCCUGGGCUGGUCCGCCCCUUCACGUCCGGCGAAGAAGGGGAGGAUGCCGCGGAGGACGAGGAUUCCUAUCUCCUGGAGGAAGACGAUGUGCCCUCUGCGACGAUCGCCACUGACACGGAGCUAAUCUCCGAGGCGGGCGGCCAUUUGCCCGUAUUUCUCACCGAACCGGUCGAUUCGUACGUCGUGAAGAACAAGCCGGCCACGUUGCAUUGCAAGGCCGCACACGCGUUGCAGAUCUACUUCCGGUGCAACGACGCGAGGGCGGAGGAUUCGCAGCAACAGGACUUCGUGGACCCGCACACGGGCACCAGGAUUGUCGAUUGCGAACUGAACAUAACCAGAGACCAUAUCGAGGAGUACUUCGGCAGGGAUAAGUUCAAAUGCGAAUGUAUAGCCUGGUCUGGCUCGGGGCAGAUCAAGAGCCAACCCGCGACCAUCGACGUUGCUUAUCUGAAGAAGCAAUUCGAAUCGCCACCGUACUCCGUGUCGGUGGAGGCAGGACACGGUACCGAAAUCAGGUGUCAUCCUCCCGUGGGAGUGCCACCUCCGAGGGUGUACUGGCUAAGAAACAACGUCCCUGUCGACAAGGAGACGGACACGCUUUUAGUGUCUAGCGAGGGACACCUUCUGGUGGGCCAGGCGAAGCUGAGCCAUCAGGCCAACUACACUUGCGUCGCGGAGAACAUCGCGGCCAAGAGACUCAGCGAACCUAUCAGCCUGACGGUUUACGUGAACGGAGGAUGGUCCUCGUGGUCAGCAUGGUCGGAAUGCCACUCGAGAUGCGCGAAAGGUGGCCAGAAACGAACUCGAACGUGCACGAAUCCCGCCCCCAUGAACAAGGGUCAGCAGUGCAUGGGCCCGUCCCAGCAGAAGAUGGACUGCAACAUCGCCUGUCCCGUGGUGGACGGAGGAUGGUCCAGAUGGUCGGCAUGGUCGGUGUGCGGCACCGAUUGUACGCACACCAGAAGAAGAUCCUGCGACGAACCACCGCCCAGCCACGGUGGACGGCCUUGCCAGGGGCGAGACAUCAGCGUGGCGAAUUGCACCGGCGGCAUGUGCAGCAAUGGCAACACGAAAAUGGGAGGCGCACACUUGACCGAGGAAGCAAACCGGCAGAUGGACGUGGCUCUGUACGUCGGCUUGACUGUCGCGUGUGUGGUAAUCGGCGGCCUGGCAUUUUUCUUAGCGAAGCUUCUGAGGCGCAAAGGUCGGGACCAUUCCCUUUACUCCAUGGCCCGUAACGAAUUCCAGCCGGAGUUCUUCCCGGACCAGGACAAGAAGCUGAGCCUUCAGCCGGACGUAACGGCGACGAGCGUGCCGGCCUGCUACGAGUAUCCUUUCGACCCGAAGCUGUCGAUGUCGAGAUCCCUCUCCGAGCACCAUUACGACGUGCCCCACCUGUCGAUCGCGCCGCAACCUUCGCCAAUGUCCCCAACCCCAAGCACCUCGACGCAGGAGUCCUGCAGCGACAAGCAGAUCCAUUCCGACUGCGAGAACAGCGUCACUAGCUCGUACCCGUCCUCCGACUCGACGUACAACGUCGCCUCGGAGAGCGUCCGCUUGCCGAAGCUCGAAACCGGAAACGUGGCCGGGGCGGCGGUGAACACGCGUGGCGCGCUUCUGGUGCUUCCGGAUGCGGGCAUAUCGAUGUCGGUGCCCGAGGGAGCCGUGCCGAAGCCACUCAGGGAGGAACUCUACCUGGCGGUGCUGAACGAGGAUCGCUUUAGGCCUCGAUUACCCGACGGUAUCACGCAACUGUCCGCGGUGGUGACGUGCGGCCCCUCGUCGGCCACCUUCAACAAGCCUGUGAUCCUGCAAUUCGAGCACUGCGCGAUGCUUCACCCUGCCACGUGGGAGCUCAGUGUCUGGGCCUGCGACGGUCUGAGCGUCGAGGACGGGACGGCGAUCGCCUCCUCCAAGGACCAUCAAUCGAUCACGUGGACCAGGGUGUUGACGUUGGGCAACGAGACGAUCAACACGCCGCUGUUCACGCAGCUCGACCACGCGGAGGCGUUCAUCGUGACGGAGCAACUGAGAGGUUACGUUCUGGCUGGCCAGAGCUGCGAGAACGUGAUCGCGACGAAGAGACUGCGAUUGGCGUUGUUCGCCAGUCAAGCCGGCCAAUGUUGCGUCAGGGUGUACGCCGUGGAAGACACGAAGGCUGCGAUGAAGGCGAUCGUCGACAGAGAGUCUCAGAUUAGAGGUUACCUGUUGGAUAAGCCGAGAACGUUGCUGUUCCAAGACAACGGCGAGUCGCUGUGCGUCAGUCUAGAGGAAGUAGGGAACGAGUGGCAGAGCAAGUCGCCCACGGAACGACAGGAGAUCUCGUUCAGGGACAUGUGGAACUGCCUGGAGAACACGAAACACGUCACCUUCGGUUUGGACACCGCGUUCGGACCUACGAGCAGCAGAAGCUACAAGCUUCAGGUGUCGCAGGGGAACUCGGAGACCAGGCAGGUGUUCAGGAUCGUGUACGACGGUGCGAAGCAAUUGAUCUCGUCCGGGAGCGUGACCAGACCGCUUAGAGAGGUGACGGUGGUCAGCAGCGGGCAUGCUAAUAACGCCACCACCGACUCCACCACCCUCAGACCGUUUCGGUUUACCAGGUCCCUGAGGAAGCAGCUCUGCCAAUGCCUGGACCCGCCGAACGCUCUCGGCAACGACUGGAGGAUGCUGGCGCAGAGGCUUCAAGUCGACAGGUACAUCAACUACUUCGCGACCAAGUCCAGUCCCACGGAGCACAUCCUGGACCUGUGGGAAGCGAAACACCACGAGCCAACCGCGGUUACCGACCUCCUGAACCAUCUUCGAGUGAUGGGCCGAACCGACGCGGCCACGAUCCUCGAGGCCCAGUUGGGCCCGUGGCUCUGAACGAGCGGCGGAUCCAUGGCGUCCCGUGACGUUUCCUGUGGUGAGUGAAAGUCCACGAACUCGACUCGAGUGAACGAAAUGUGGUGAAUUGAACGUUGUUCCUCCGAACGAACUCAUCGAAACACUGCCUUAAUUUUGCGCGGGACACGUGCCUCUCCCGCUUGUCCCUCUUUGUACAUAGAGACUUUCGUUUUUGUAAGAUGAACGUUGUUCGAGGCGGCAUCGACGGAUCUGUACGAGGAUCGUAUUGUAAUAAUCGUGAAACGAAGUAAACUAGAGACUGUGCAUUUAGAUGGUUAUAUAUGUGUACAU